GGGGCUUCCACGUGUCUUCUUCUGCUCAUGACAUUGAUGCUCUGCAUAUUUCAGAAAUGCCUGAUGUACAUUUCUCCAUUAGGGUCAGAUGUGACGUCUUAAGUGGAGACAUCAAUCACCUUCAUAGACUGUGGAGUCCAACGCCAAGAUCCUCUCAUGGCCCAAACACCUCAGGUCUUACCCUGGUCUGGAAAUCAGGCAGAAAUGAGCCCCUCCCAAUGUCCAGGCACCACUGACCCCACAACCACGGUGACAAGUGGGAUUCAUGACAACAGCCUGCAAAGGAAGGAGCUGAGGCUCAGAGACGGGACACUACAAACCAAGGUCACGUAGGCAGCGGAUGACAACCAGUCAUCAAAUACGUAUCAGCUCCCUCCUCAACUCCUCAAAUCAAAGCGCAAACGUAAGUCAUUGCUCCCAAAAUGUUGACCAGGAAUCGAGGUGCAGAGGGACGGCCAAGGAUACAAGGGGCACCGAGGAGGCAGGAAAGACUCAGAAGUUUGUUCCUGGGGGGAGGGGGUGGACACUGCAGCAAAAUAUUAUAAAAAGGAGAAGUUGAGAAGGAGACUAUUUGGUUGAAAAAAACCCCACAAUCCCGUACCAAGAGAGAAGUCAACUGUUCUUCCUCUAUUUCCCUGCAUUUCUCCUCUGUGCUCACCGCCACACGCAGCUCAGCCUGGACUGCCCAGUCAGGUGUCACGUGCGUCUCUGCUGAUCUGAUUCGGCCUGCAGCAAGGACCUGUGUGUCUUCCCCGAAGCAUCUCCAGGGCUGAAGAGAUGACUGCCAUGCACCGAGGGCUCAUCCAUCCGCAGAGCAGGGCAGUGGGAGGAGAUGCCAUGACCCCCAUCCUCAUGCUCCUGGUCUGUCUCGGGCUGAGUCUGGGCCCCAGGACCCACGUGCAGGCAGGGACCCUUCCCAAGCCCACUCUCUGGGCUGAGGCGGGGUCUAUGAUCAGCCAGGGGAGUCCUGUGACCCUCAGGUGUCAGGGGAGCCUUCAGGCUCAGGAGUAUCGUCUAUACAGGGAAAAAAACCCAGCAUCCUGGGUUAGACGGAUACAACAAGAGCUUGUGAAGAAGGGCCAGUUCCCCAUUGCAUCCAUCACCUGGGAGCACGCAGGGCGGUAUCGCUGUUGGUAUUACAGCCGCACUCACUCAUCAGAGCACAGCGACCCCCUGGAGCUGGUGGUGACAGGAGCCUACAGCAAACCCACCCUCUCAGCCCUGCUCAGCUCUGUGGUGACGUCAGGAAGAAGAGUGACCCUCCAGUGUGUCUCACAGGUGGCACAUGACAGCUUCUUUUUGUGUAAGGAAGGAGAAGAUGAACACCCCCAAUGCCUGAACUCUCAGCCCCGUACCCGUGGGUCAUUCCAGGCCGUCUUCUCCGUGGGCCCCGUGAGCCCGAGUUGCAGGUGGUCGUACCGGUGCUAUGGUUAUGACUCACACGCUCCCUAUGUGUGGUCUUUACCCAGUGAUCUCCUGGAGCUCCUGGUCCCAGGUGUUUCUAAGAAGCCAUCACUCUCAGUGCAGCCGGGUCCUGUCGUGGCCCUUGGGGAGAGUCUGACCCUCCAGUGUGGCUCUGAUGCUGGCUACGACAGAUUCGCUCUGUACAAGGAGGGGGUACAUGACUUCCUCCAGCGCCCUGGCCGGCAGCCUCAGGCUGGGCUCUCUCAGGCCAACUUCACCCUGGGCCCUGUGAGCCACUCCCACAGGGGCCGGUACAGAUGCUCUGGUGCACACAACCUCUCUUCCGAGUGGUCGGCCCCCAGUGACCCCCUGGACAUCCUGAUCGCAGGACAGAUCCGUGCCAGACCCUUCCUCUCAGUGCAGCCGGGCCCCACAGUGGCCUCAGGAGAGAAAAUGACCCUGCUGUGUCAGUCACAGGGAUGGAUGCACACUUUCCUUCUGACCAAGGAGGGAGCAGCCCAUCCCCCCCUGCAUCUGAAAUCAAAGUACCAAUCUCAUAAGUAGCAGGCUGAAUUCCCCAUGGGUCCUGUGACCUCAGCCCACGUGGGGACCUACAGGUGCUACGGCUCACUCAGCUUCAACCCCUACCUGCUGACUCACCCCAGUAACCCCCUGGAGCUCGUGGUCUCAGGAGCAGCUGAGACCUUCAGCCCACCACAAACCGAGUCCGACUCCAAGGCCGGAGCAGCUGACACCCUCGGUCCAUCACAAAACAAUUCAGACCCCAAGACUGCCUCACACUCCCAGGAUUACACACUAGAGAAUCUCAUCCGCAUGGGCAUGGCUGGCUUAAUCCUGGUGGUCCUUGGGAUUCUGCUAUUUGAUCCUCAGCACAGCCAGAGAAGCCUCCAAGAUGCAGCCAGGAGGUGAACAGGAGAGAGAAGAAUGCACCCUUCAGAGUGUCGGGGCCUUAGGAACAGAUCUGAUGAUCCCAGGAAGUUCCAGGAGACAAUUUAGGGCCAAUGCUAUCUGGACUGUCUGCCGAUCGUUUCCAGAAGGAGGAAUCAGUGUUGGAUUGCAGAGACAUUUUCCUGGGUGAUCCAUGGAGGACUAUUAGCAUGUGAUACCUUUCCUCUCUAUUAAUGUUGACUUCCCUUGGUUGGAUCCCCUUCUUUUCCCACCCCCAGACAUGAGGCUACAACCCACAUGGCAGUGUUGGGUCCACACCUCUGCACACCUGCGUGCUCUGGUCCAUGAUGCGUAACACAGUCUUCUUUAUUCCUCAUUGCCACACUCCCUGGUGUGCUUUACUGAGCCUCCAUCUCUUCAGUUCAGAGUUCCAAACACACGUCAGUAACUAAAUCAAUGCAGCAGUAUUGGCUUUCCACCAGGAAAAGAUAAAUCCACCCUGAUGCCCUGACACCCUCUCUGAAACCUGUGAGCCCUUCGCUCCUUCUCAGAUGCUACCUGUUUAGCUUUGCCUCAGAUCAUUGUGUAACCAUCACUGCCAUCCUGUUCCACACAUUGUCAUCACCCUACACCCAGUCAGCAGCCACUCCCCAUUCCUUCUUCCCUCCAGCACCUGCUAACCACGAGUGUGCUUUCUGUCUCUACGGAGUUGCCUAUUCUUGCUGAAAACAUUUCAAUCUGCCUAUGAUCUGUGAGCUCCUCACUUUGAGACUUCCUGCCUUUCCAGGCAGAACCAAAGUACACCUUGUCAAAAGCAAUGAUAGCCAUUUGCAGUGUGUCAGUGAUCCACGACAGGAAAAUCACAGAAGUAGGAGAGAAAUCCAGCUGCAGACAAGACCUCAGGUCAAUGAAUCUUGUCAAGCAGUUGAACUGUUUCUUUCUACUCACCUAGGACAGUCAGACAGAAGUAUGCAAAAUGACUGGGGCUGAUUCUUUUCUGAAUUGUCUCAAAACAGCAAGAGGACUUGAGUCCUAGCAUUAAAGAGUUCAACAUGUCUAGGUCAAAGACCACUGUUGUGUUGGAAGGAUGUAAAACCCUGAUGCAUAGAAUAGAAUGUCUGGAGGGAGGAUCCUGAGAAACACAAGGGACCAAAUACUCUUGAACUUUCUAGGACAAAGGGAGCAGCCAUUUGCCAUCUACCGUGUAAAAUAAAGAAAUCUUAUCAUUCACCCUCUACUGUCUAGAAUAAAGAAAUCUUAUCAUUUGCCAACUA